AUGUUCAGAAACGCUGCAUCUAGAACUGCCUCCAGAUUCAUCUGCAACUCUCGUGUUGUCACCGCCAAGAGAACCUUCGCUCUUGCCUCCCGUGCUGCUGCCGUCAAUGCUGUCAGACCAGCUGCUAGGCAAUUCAUUAAGCCAAUGGUCGCUACCCGUGGUUUGAAACAGAUCAACUUCGGUGGUACCGUCGAAACUGUUCACGAAAGAGCUGACUGGCCACGUGAAAAAUUGUUGGACUACUUCAAGAACGACACCUUUGCCCUAAUCGGUUACGGUUCUCAAGGUUACGGUCAAGGUUUGAACUUGAGAGACAACGGUUUGAACGUCAUUGUCGGUGUCCGUAAGAACGGUUCCUCCUGGAAGGCUGCCAUUGAAGACGGUUGGGUCCCAGGUGAAAACUUGUUCGACGUCACCGAAGCCGUCCAAAAGGGUAACAUCGUCAUGAACUUGUUGUCCGAUGCCGCUCAAUCUGAAACCUGGCCAACUAUCAAGCCAUUGUUGACUGAAGGUAAGACUCUUUACUUCUCUCACGGUUUCUCCCCAGUCUUCUACGAUUUGACCCGUGUGGAACCACCAACCAACAUCGAUACCAUCUUGGUCGCUCCAAAGGGUUCCGGUAGAACCGUCAGAUCUUUGUUCAAGGAAGGUAGAGGUAUCAACUCCUCUUACGCCGUCUGGAAGGACGUCACCGGUAAGGCUGACGAAAAGGCUCUUGCCAUGUCCGUCGCUAUCGGUUCCGGUUACGUGUACCAAACUACUUUCGAAAAGGAAGUUAACUCCGAUUUGUACGGUGAAAGAGGUUGUUUAAUGGGUGGUAUCCACGGUAUGUUCUUGGCUCAAUACGAAGUUUUGAGAGAAAACGGUCACUCCCCAUCCGAAGCCUUCAACGAAACCGUCGAAGAAGCUACUCAAUCCUUGUACCCAUUGAUCGGUUCUCUAGGUAUGGAUUACAUGUACGACGCAUGCUCUACUACCGCUAGAAGAGGUGCUCUAGACUGGUACCCAAUCUUCAAGGAUGCCUUGAAACCAGUCUUCCAAGACUUGUACGAAUCUGUCAAGAACGGUUCCGAAACCAAGCGUUCUCUAGAAUUCAACUCUCAACCAGACUACAGAGCUAAGUUGGAAUCCGAAUUGGAAACCAUCAGAAACAUGGAGAUCUGGAGAGUCGGUAAGGAAGUUAGAAGACUAAGACCAGAGAACCAAUAA